AUGCUUGCAGGCGGUGUCCGCUCCAUGAAGCCAAAGCUUUCCCUGAGUAUCUCUGCUGCGCAGAAUACUACACGGCCAACACUGUCACUCAAGUCUCCAAGUGCUAUUCCUCGCACACCGGUCUCGCCUAUCUCAGCAGCGAGCCCCACAGCCAUGAGGUUCUCAACUCUACAAGUGCCCAGCUGUUCAUACACAAACUCUUGCUCCUCGAAGAGCAUUCUCAAGAAGCAGUCCAACCCCCGCUCAGGAGCUGUUGACAAGCGCAUCCAAUUCAAAGUCACACCUACUGUCCACUGUGUAACGCCUAUUGAGAAUCCGGAUGAGUACUAUGGCAAGCACACGAAGAUGUCUCGUGAAGAACGACGAUGGACGGUCCGACAGUGA